GACUGGUCUAGUCACAGUCUGUUCGAACCGUCGAUAGAUGUCGGACGUAAAAAUUUGACGUUUCUCGGUCAAACGGUGCUUAUUAGUGUGCUGAUUGCUUGGAGCUUCAUUGAAAAAAGGGGGAAGAUUGGGUUGUGGUGAUUGAGUGUGGGGUGAAAUAAAUCACUACCUUCCUUUGUGCGUUUUGUUCCUGUGCAGGAAUCCUUUAGUGGGCCCGUGGUUUGAACACUGACCUAGCUCUACACAGAGCUGGCAAGUUGUGAAUAGUGAAGGCGAUUAUAGGAAAAGUUCAGUCCAGAGGAAGAUAUUAACCUGCAUUGGUGAAGUUCAGAAGCUGGCCUAGCAUUGGGGGGUCAAAUAGUUUCGAUUUGUGCUGAAAGUGUAAGGAAAAUUUUGCAUUGCGGGUUUUUUUUGUCGUCACCUGAGGGGUGAGGGAAAAGUGUUGUGUUUUGCUACUGCCCCACUUCCUGAUACAACGCAGCCCACCUUUCGGUGUGUCGAUCGUCGUUCGUUGUGUGUUGGUGCUAUUUAGUGCAUGCCUGAAGAAGUAUACGCCGAUUGUACUCAGAAGUUGAAAAGUCGAGUGAAUGAAGCUGUAGGGUGGUACAUAUGCAUGUGAAAGGUGCAGCGCAAUUUUGCGCACUCCAUGGGUGGCUUAUACGCGUGUGGAAAGUUCUGCCCGAUCUAAUCGCAAAGUCGACUACCAUCUUUUGUUGGGGUGAAAAUCCCGUCGAAGACGCAUUUUCGGUCAUUGCGCGCUGAACAGAGCGUGCUUGAGAGCUAAACGUCUUCGAAUCGAAUUGGUGUCGAAUUUCGAGAUCCAUAGUUUGUAAAGUUCCGAGAGGGCAGCAGUGUGAGUAAAGCUAGUAAAUAGCUGUGAGCAGUCAGUGGAAAUUAUAUUUAUCCGUCGGUGGUGAAUAAAGGGAGCUCUAAAGUGGGUGUUGAAAAGGAAAAAGGAAAAAUAGUCGGUAUAUGCAAAUUAUGCUCACGUGUGGCAUGUGAUCGAAGGGCUACGUAGUGAAAUUUGUUUCAUCACUUGUGUAGAAGAGAGGUAAAAAAAAGUUUUAGCUGACGCGUUGAAUUGUCGAAGCGUGAGUAGUGUUUUUCCAGGUCAGAAUUUGGCAGCGCUCAUGAUUGUAUGACAUGGAUUGGAUUCUGCAGUGAUCAUGAUGCACAUCCGAAUGAAUGUUCAUAUGUGCGUUUCUCUCACUCUCUCGCCGUUGUCCCGCACGGUUUUGGGGAAAUAUAAUCCACGGCGGGUCAUUCGUGAACAGCAAACAGCUCCUCUAACUAUUGUGUUCGAAAGUAUACAAAAUCAACAUCAUCAAAAAUUGGCAACCAAAUUGAAUAGCUCACCAGGCGGGUGAGAAGAGAAGAGUAUGUGAAUCUGGAAAGCGAUCCUUCCAGGAAAGUGAUUCAUCUGUUUCAUACCAUAUCGGGUGUAAUUUUUCCCAACAAUCGGAAACUCUGUGUGGAUAACAGCAAUAACCAUCCCUACAUUUAAUCACACACAAACAUCGUCCAUAAUAUUAUCAGAUAAGAGAACCCUUCGAGCGGAUAUCGAAAGCCCAACUAGAUUGGGAACAGCCUUGGCGUUUUGAUCCCGAAACCCCGGACGGCUAGACAUUUCAUGAGCCGGAAAAAUGCUCAAGCAGAAAAGGAAUGCCAAACUGAAACCGAGCGGCGGCAGGCUUCGAUGGGGUUUGAAGAAAAUCUGUUGGGGAUUAAUAAAUAUUACAGUACCGAGGCGCACGGCACGAAGUUGGAUCGAAGCGAACUUCCAGAAGCGUGAAUGCAUCAAAUUCAUCCCAAGCUUGAAGAAUGAAGAAAUAUGUUGCUGCGGUCAGGAGCGAAGAACUCACCAACUGGUGCCGGGAAUCGAACCGGGCGUCUUGGGCGACAUUUGGCAACCACAGAAACAUACCAGACCUCAACCGACCGAUGCCUACGGUACAAUCGAAUUUCAAGGCGGAGCGCAUCCAACCAAAGCUCAGUAUGUACGCUUAUCAUACGACACCCGGCCAGAGCUGCUGGUUCAGCUAUUCACCCGCGAGUGGAAUCUCGAGCUUCCCAAGCUGCUCAUCACCGUCCAGGGAGGCAAGGCGAACUUCGAGCUGCAGCCGAAGCUGAAAAAGGUGCUAAGGAAGGGACUGCUCAAGGCAGCCAAAACAACCGGUGCUUGGAUUUUCACCGGCGGAACCAAUACAGGUGUCACAAAGCAAGUCGGUGAUGCUCUGCUGCUCGAAGGACAGCAACGAUCCGGACGUGUUGUCAGCAUCGGAAUCGCCCCGUGGGGAAUCGUCGAACGAAACCACGAACUGCUGGGACACAACCGGGACGUUCCUUGCCACAGUAUAAGCUCUCCGCGCUCAAAAUUGGCUGUGUUAAACAAUCGUCACGCUUACUUCCUGCUCGUGGAUAACGGAAGCCAGGGACGCUACGGGGCGGAACUGAUCCUGCGGCGGAAACUGGAGAAAUACAUAUCGAACCAAAAGUUGCAACCCUAUAAGGCACUUUCGGUUCUCAUGAACUUUCACUACAAAGUUACGCACUCGAGCACACCUGUAGUAUGCUUGGUAAUUGAGGGUGGCACAAACACAAUCAGAGCUGUGCUAGAAUACGUCACCGAUAGUCCUCCGGUGCCGGUAGUGGUUUGCGAUGGCUCCGGUCGGGCGGCCGAUUUGAUCGCAUUUGUACAUAAAUAUGCUUCCGAUACGGGUGAACAGGUUGUGUUAGAGUCGAUGCAUGACUAUCUGCUUGGUACAAUACAGAAAACUUUUGAGGUCAGCCCUGAGCAGGCGGAGCAGCUCUAUCAGGAAUUGUUGUUGUGCACUAAGAAUAAGAAUCUGAUAACCGUUUUUAGAAUACAGGAUCGACCCGAGGGAAACGCUCCCGAGUUGGACCAAACUAUAUUAACUGCACUUUUUAAAUCCCAGCACUUGAGUCCACCGGAGCAGCUGAGCUUGGCUUUGACGUGGAACCGCGUGGAUAUUGCUCGUUCGGAAAUUUUCGUUUAUGGGCAAGAAUGGCCUCACGGAGCACUGGACGAAGCAAUGAUGCAAGCCUUGGAGCACGAUCGAAUAGAUUUUGUUAAACUUCUGUUGGAGAAUGGAGUCUCGAUGCGAAAGUUUCUGACGAUUCCGAGACUCGAAGAGUUAUACAAUACUAAGCAUGGACCAGCAAACACCUUAGGCUACAUCCUGAGAGAUGUUCGACCGCAUAUACCGAAAGGUUAUGUUUAUACCUUGCAUGAUAUAGGGUUAGUGAUCAAUAAGUUAAUGGGAGGUGCCUACCGGUCGUACUACACUCGACGGAAAUUUCGGCCAAUCUACGCAAAAGUGAUGAACAGCUAUGUGAACACUCAUAGGAAGCCAUCAACGUUUGCGAGAAGCGCUGGAAUCAACUCUAUGAGCCUAGUCACGGGCCUUCUGCCAGUGACCUCUGACAUGGCCUUAUUUGAGUUUCCAUUCAACGAGUUAUUAAUUUGGGCUGUACUUACGAAGCGCCAACAGAUGGCGUUGUUGAUGUGGACGCAUGGUGAAGAAGCCCUGGCCAAGUCAUUAGUAGCGUGUAAGCUAUACAAAGCAAUGGCACAUGAAGCGGCUGAUGAUGAUUUGGAUACGGAAAUCUACGAAGAAUUGCGGAGCUAUGCAAAAGAAUUUGAAGUUAAGGGUCUGAAGCUCUUGGAUUUCUGCUAUCGUCAAGAUGCAGAACGAGCUCAACGGCUCCUAACUUGUGAACUGCAGUCAUGGUCUAGUCAAAGCUGCCUUUCGCUUGCCGUGGCAGCUAAUCACCGAGCAAUUCUCGCUCACCCUUGCAGUCAGGUCAUUUUGGCUGAUCUUUGGAUGGGUGGUUUGAGAACGAGAAAAAACACAAAUCUGAAGGUUAUAUUGGGCCUUCUUGUUCCACCUUUCGUCAAGAAGCUGGACUUCAAAUCGAAAGAAGAACUACAACAGAUGCCUCAAACCGAAGAAGAACAUCUUGAAAAUCAAUGUCUCGAUUACGAUGACAACGGCAAACAUAACCCAGAUGCGGAGGCGCUUUUGUCCGACACGUACUCUAUGAAAGAUACCAAAGUGCAGGAGAACGGAAAAGUAGGCCUGACCGGAUGUCUGAAGUCAAAAGUAUCGCUGACGGAUUCGGAAAAUACCCAGUACAAGGAUUACAUGUACGAUCACGAUAUGCGCCAUCAACGGCCACUUAAAUUGAAGAAAAAGUUUUACGAGUUCUACACAGCACCCAUUACGAAAUUUUGGGCCGAUUCGAUGGCGUAUGUACUAUUUUUGGUUCUGUUUACGUACACGGUACUGGUAAGGAUGGAGCCCACUCCAAGCUGGCAGGAAGCAUAUUCGAUAGCAUACAUUGCCACCCUAGGUUGUGAAAAAAUAAGGGAGAUUGUAUCGUCCGAGCCUGUUGCUAUUUCUCACAAAUUCUCCGUAUGGGCGUGGAAUAUGUGGAAUCCGUGCGACGCAGCGGCCAUAAUAUUCUUUCUCAUCGGGCUGGUCCUCCGACUGCGACCGUACACCAUGGACAUCGGACGGGUGAUUUACUGCGUGGACAGCAUCUAUUGGUAUCUACGGAUACUGAACAUUCUCGGCGUGAACAAAUAUCUGGGACCAUUGGUGACGAUGAUGGGCAAGAUGGUGAAGAACAUGAUUUAUUUUGUCGUUCUCUUGCUGGUGGUUUUGAUGAGCUUCGGUGUGAGUCGACAGGCCAUACUGUUUCCCAAUAACGAUGCCAGCUGGCGGCUAGUGCGGGACGUGUAUUACCAGCCAUACUUCAUGUUGUACGGAGAGGUGUUUGCAGACGAUAUUGAUCCCCCGUGUGGAGAAGAUCCCUCGCAGCCACAAUGUGUUACAGGUCACUGGGUAACGCCUAUUGCCAUGUCGAUGUACCUCUUGAUUGCCAAUAUUUUGCUCAUCAAUCUUUUGAUUGCGGUUUUCAACAACAUCUUCAUCGAGGUGAAUGCUGUCUCUCAUCAGGUGUGGAUGUUUCAAAGAUUUACAGUUGUAAUGGAAUACCAGCAGAAACCCGUCUUGCCUCCUCCUCUUAUUGCAUUCUGCCACUUUUAUUCGUUCCUGCGAUACCUGAUAAGAAAGGCAAAAGGCUUACAACAGUCACGUGACAAUGGAUUGAAACUAUUUUUAGAAAAGGAAGAUAUGGAACGAUUGUAUGAUUUUGAAGAAGAAUGCGUUGAAGGCUAUUUCAGAGAACAAGAUGCUCUUCUACAGCAAUCCACAGAGGAACGAAUCAAAAAUACUGACGAAAGAGUUGAAAACAUGUCUCAGAAAAUUGAAGACAUUAAUCAGAAAGAGAACAUGCAAUCAGCAACUGUUCAAAAUAUUGAAUUCCGGUUAAGGAAAGUGGAAGAGUCGGCUGAGCAGAUUCUGUCCCAUCUGGCUGUUAUCCAUCGAUUCAUGUCAACGCACACACAACUACAGGACAAUCUGAAUGGCUCGACGGACAACGUGAAUGCACUUGUGGGACCUGGUGGAGGAAGUAUUACGUUCGAUACCCGAGCGAGAACAAUAUCCGAGAGUGAUAGCAAUACCGCACCACUUCAACCGAGGAGAAGGAUCAACAGAUCGCUGACAGAAGUUCGACCGGACGCUUACAUAUUUGAUGAUGGCAUGCACUUCGAGGUUAGAACAGUGCCCGAAGAGAACGAGAGUGAUCGUUCACCGGAGAAAUCUCUUGCGGUGUCAAACGAUCGAAAGUUAUCCAUGCGCUCGGAAGAUUCAGAAAUGUUCCUACCUCAAUCGAAAAUUAUAUCUCCCGCCGAAUCAGCGGGCGUGGCAAGUUCCAAUACUAAGAUAAAAACUCCCUUCCUGAAUGUCCGUCAAGAUACGGCAAGCACCGAAAGUAAGGAUACGCUAACGCCUCUAGAAAAUUGUGACGACCGAACGUUGGUCGGGGAUGGGUCUGCUGAAGAUGUUGUCGAUCCAAACUAUGAUGGCCUAAGACAGCGUUCGGUAGCCCGACGAAGGAGUAGCACAAUGGGUGGAGUUAGAAGGAACUCCGAAAGUGCGUCUGGGUUUGAUAUUAAUAAAUCGCAGAACAGCUUGUACCAGAGUGGGCUCACUAAGCGGCAACACAGUGUCACCCAAUCUGAGCCGGAUAGUGGUAAUGAACAACCGGUGCAACGUCCAGUAGCUCGAGGAAGGAAUCUUCUCUUACAAAUCCACAAUGAGUAUACCUCUAUUACAGAUGAACUAGAGAGUGUGUGUCAUAUGAUAGCAUCACCAACAUCCUCGUUGAUGGAUGAACGCCCGAAAAAUGUGAGCGAAAUGAGUAAUCCUGAAUUCGCUGCGCUCAUAGAGAAGAAGCAUUUGAAGGAAUGUGAAGAUAGUGAUUACGUGAUGCUAGAGAAAUUACUUCAAACGCGGUGCUCAGUGGAUGAAAGUGACGACAUGUUUGAAGAUGGACCGGAAGAGUACGGUCCGCGAAAGAUGCUUCGACGUGAAACUGCAAUCGAACUGCCAGUCACCCCGUCAAAGUCCAAUAUCGUCUCACUAGCAGAAAGCGCAGCACCAGCAGAAGAUUACACGGUCAAAAAUGAGCGUCAAUCAGCUUCUAAUCGAAACUCACUCCGAGAAUCCAAAAAUUCCCCAGUGUCCUUAUCCGGUCAAAAUUCCCCCCGUAACUCUCAAUAUCUACAGUCCACAUAUCUUAACCCAUCAUCUUUCGAUACAUCCAAUCGGUUGUACAAAAAAUCAUGCGAAAGCUUGCAAAAGAACUCCAGCACCGACACGGAGUACUCCAUGCAACCGUACAAAUUCAUCAAGCAAAGUUCAAACGAAACAAACAGCUCAUUCAACAUCGAUAACUCUUCAAUCGCCAAUGAUCUCUCGAUGGACGGCGAAACGAGUCUCAACUCUACCGUGAUAGAAAUGCUUUCCGGGGCCAAUCUAGCGCCGGAAGAUCGAAUAGGUUUCACCAAGCGGACGUGUUCCCUUGGCACUUCUGACUCACGUCCAGGUUUCCUCAAGAAGCAAUUUAGCAUAGAAAAACCAGGUGUACCCGGUGGUAAGGUAUCCGGCUCGACUCCGGAAGGCCUCGAACGGCUAGCGCCAGUAAUACCUCCCACCGUAAGUGGGAGUAGCAUAUCUGGUAAGCCGCCUCCUUCAAAACGCUUCACCGACAAUCUUAGUGUACUUGGUACAAAGUCUAUGAUGGCCCUACUCAAAGAGAGUAGCUCAACCAGUACGGAAGAUACCAAUACUGGUCCCUUGAGAGAACCAAUUCCCUGCAUCAGCACAAACAUCGUACAAGAUGAGAUCGCAAAACUGUCCUCGAAUAUCAAAAGCAGCACAGAUGAAGACACAGAUCCCCCAAUCAAUGAGACCAUGUGCUGAUUUUAGUUGUACAUUUAGUUGGUAAGGUGUAGCUUUUUCCACCCGAGCACUCCGAUACCCCUCCUACCACACAGACCCACCUCUCCGCAAUUGUUACUUAAUGGGAGAUGCCGGAACGCUGAGACUGAGUUCUGGGUGAACCGAAAACACCACCUUCACCAUCACCAACACCACCACGAUCCCAACCAACCCCAAAAAACCGAUCACAUCUAUUUGUAUAGCGUUAUAUAGGGAAGCAUUAUAUCACAACACAACCGAACAUAAUCAUCACACAACCCAGUAAGGCACACAUCUUACGUUCUCCAAUGAUAAGUAUUGAGUGAUGUAAAUCAUCGAGAGCAUAUGAGGUCCGCGUUUAAGUUAAGUAUUGGAAGUUAGGCUAGGAAUGAGCUUCAAUUGUUAGGAUGACUGAUCGAAAGGAACAGUUAGAAUCAAUGUUUUGACAGUUUUGUAUGUAUCAGCCUUGGGACUUCUGAUGUGCGAUUGAUUCAAAUCUUUCUUCUUCAUGGCGUAAUGUUCCAACUGUAAAAUGGGCAGAUUCUCACACUUUCACAGUUAAUAACUGAAAGUUUUUAUUGACAAUUGAACUUAUUUUACAUAUAAAUAUCGCGUGGCAAGCAAAAAAUUCAAGAGAAAAUCCAACUAAAAAUACCAUGAACGAACUGUACUUCAAACACUGCAUACCUCUCUGCAAGCCUCACUCAGCCAAAUAGCUAGAGUGAUGCUAGACAAAAUUUUAUAACAUUCUGCAGAAGAUAUCAAUUUAAUUAAAAAUAUUUCAGCUCCAGUAGCAAUAAACAUGGGCUUAGCCAAGAUUACCGUCAAGUGGGAUGGGGGUCAAGUAACCAUGAAUAUUAAUUCAUGAAUUUUAAGCAAAAACAAUCAUAAUACACAACUUAUGUACUUUUUCUGCAUGAAACGUUAAACUAUGAAUGAUUAUGACUAUGAAGUGGAGGAAAAACAUUUAGUGAACACAUCUAGGUUCAAUUUAUUUUUU